AUGAGAAGGAAAGAAGAACUGGACUUAGAAGAGAUUGAAGGAGCUGAAAGAAAACUAAUUUCAGAAGAUCAAAAGGAAGCAUUUCCUAAAGAGUAUUGGGCACUGUACCAUGACAGCAGAAUACCACCUAAGAGUAAACUCAUAGGAUUACAGCCUUUUCUGGAUGAAACAGGAGUGAUGAGAUUAAAUGGCAGACUGAGGUUUGCAGAAGUCCUGUCCUGGGAAGCAAGGUUUCCUAUUAUUCUUCCCAGAAAAAGGCCAGUGACAAAGUUGAUAGUUAAACAUCAUCAUGAAAUGUGUCACCACAUGGGAACAAAUACCACAUUAGCUUCAUUGUCUUCCAAGUUCUGGAUAAUAUCCUCAAGGGAGGAAAUUCGUGAAUGGGAAAAUGCAUGUUCUUGGUGUAAACAACAAAAAGCAAAGCCAGCACAACAACUCAUGGGCAAUCUUCCAAGGGUGAGAGUAGUUUGUUCAAUGAGAGCAUUUGUUCAAGCGGGAGUAGAUUUCGCUGGUCCAUUUCUCACUGUACAGGGUCGAGGUAAAAGCCGUCAAAAGCGUUACCUGUGCCUGUUCACAUGUCUAGCUACACGCGCUGUACAUUUAGAGAUCGCUUUUGGGCGAGACACAAAUUCGUUCUUGAAUGCUCUCUUCCGCAUGGCACACAGAAGGGGAAUGCCCAAGGAGAUCAUAUCGGACAACGGGACGAAUUUCGUUGGAGCUGUGAAAGAGCUUAAAGAGCUUGUGACUUCAUUAGAUUCUGACAUCACAAAAUCGAAAUUGGCAAACAGAGGCAUUGUAUGGAGAUUUAAUCCUCCAAAUGCUCCUCACUUCGGAGGUAUAUUCGAAUCGAUGAUCAAGUCAGCUAAACGGGCUAUUUAUGCUGUCCUCAGCUCAAGUGAUGUCACCGAUGAAGAACUGAUGACUGCUUUUACUUGGGCUGAAGCUCUGUUGAAUUCAAGACCACUCACAUAUCAGAGUGCCCACAUACAGGAUGAUGUUCCGCUCACACCAAACCAAUUUCUACAUGGGCAGCUUGGUGGAGACUUCGCUCCAGAAAUAGAUUCCACUUCCUUUUCUCCCCAGAAGCGUUGGCGGAGGAUCCAGGAACUCAUCAGGCAUAUCUGGAGAAGAUGGAUGAGAGAGUGGCUUCCAACGUUGAAUGUCAGAAAAAAGUGGAUCACGUCAUCAAGAGACUUCCAAGUUGAUGAUGUGGUGAUUGUCGUAUCACAAGAUAAUCCAAGAGGAACUUGGCCAAUGGGAAGGAUAUUGAAAACUUACCCAGGCAAAGAUGGCCAUGUUAGAGUUGUAGAUGUUAAAGUUAGAGGGUCGAGAUUGACUCGACCAGUUACAAAGAUCUGUCCUCUCGAAUAUCGAGACUGA